GAGUUGGGAAGGCUGAACUGAGAACAGGAUGCAAGAAGCCCUGUUGUCUCUACACCACAAGAAUUCCACACAUGCAUCUAGCCCCUUUCCCAGGGCUCGAGACAUCACUCUAAUCAGAAAACCGGACAAACGAAGCAGGCAACCAUCGGAGAACUCUGAAUUAGUCUCACCUUCAGACCGCGGCUCCCAGAAGCUCCUGCCUCUCUUGACAGCUGUCGCUUCGGCAGCCCAAGAGACGAAUUGUCCUCCUUCCUGGUGCCAGAGGACGCAGGAAAUUAGCCAGGUUGCAAGUUGCAAAGCAGCGGCUGCUGCUUCAGGAACUGGACGCGCCCCACCUCCAGCGACAGCGGCCGGCCUGGGCCUGGCAGCGGCUUCCCCUCGCUCGCCAUCGCCGGACAAAGCGCAGCCCAGGCAGGCUGGCAAGGCAGAGCUCCGAAGCACGCAGGAUGGAGUGGAGCAAAAGAAUGCGGCUCUAUUCUCGCAAGGGAAAUUAUAAAAAAGUUCAUGUUCACGGUUCCUAUCCACAUGACCGACAGCGGCCAAUGGAAGGGCCGAACAACUCAUAAAGUUGUAUUGCAAAGUUGUAAAUUUUCAUAAACAACAACGGAUUUAUGACCCUUUCCCCAUCACUAAGAGGAGGCGGCUCUUACACAGGCGCCAUCUUACCACCGAGGCUGUCCCGAUUUGCAGGUUUUACAGACCCUUUUAGGUCCGAUUUUAUUAAAAGAGUCCUAAGAAACUGGCCCAACCUAGUCAGGGGAUAAGAAUGGAGACCUUCGCGGGCCCAGCUCAGGAUGCUCUAAGCUACUUCCACCGCCUCUCGCCCCUGGUCUCUCGCCUCUAGCCCCUUCCCCAGCCACAGUCCUUCCUAAGCAACAGGACUUGACUAGGUUGCAUUGCAGGGUUUGAGGCCCAUGGCGGUCCAAGAAGCCCUCAGCUGCAGUGUUGGACCCUGGGGCAUCCUCACCCUUACUGAAGGCUAAGUGGGGGUACUGCGGCAGGGACCCUGAAUCCCAUUUCUUCCCUACCCUGGGACUGUACUCAAGGCGCAUUUGGAAUCCGGAAUCAAUUAGAGGGUAGGUAAUACCCUUUUAGAGCUUAGUCUACACCUUUAGAGGAAAGUUGAAUUUGGAAUUCGUUCAUGGAAUUUAUGAAAGUUUGAGAGGCUGUAGAUAGAAUAUACAAUAUACGGUAUUAACAAAUAGUCUGUUUUCAAUGGAUCUAAAUAGAUAUUGGUGUACAUACAAUAGCCAGGCCAAAAAAAAAAAAAGAAAUCUACAAAGAGGAAGGCAUAUAUACAAUUAUAGUCACAGAAAAACACAGAACCCCCACACACAAUUAUAGAUAUGAGAAAUGUUGAUACACACGCACAUGUGUGAGAAUGCAUACAAUUAUGAUAACUAUAAGCAAGCACACAGAGAAAUAGAAAUGUGCUUAAGUACACAUAAAAAACAUGUGAAAAGAGACAUGAUACAUUUGUCCAUGAAUAGCUAAAACUUGGACUCAGGGACAGUGUCUCUGCAUUUGUUUCCCAUGUCUCUUUGGCCUACAGCCAGGGUUGACCCUUCUGUUAUGGUCAUUUCCCCUUGCCCAAGACCCUCUGGAUAAAGCAGUCCGUGUUUCUUUGUCACCAAGCAUCUUUAUUGUUACAUAAAACACAGGUAGCUGGGCUGGGAAUCGUGCCUUCUCUGAACUCCAGGCUGGGGGGGGGGGACAUGAGGAGACAAGGGAGAUGAUGGCCUCGGGUGGGUGCUGGACUUCCCCCACCCACUACAGAAUUAGUUCAAUACAACACACCAUGCUACAAAGUGACCCCAUUAAAAUAUCCUUCCCAAGUCAAGACACUCCUUUACAAAUGAGCUCCAAGAUUAUAGAAAUGACAACAACAUAAAAAAAAUCUGGUUCAAAUAUACAGUAUUUGUCCUUGUAGGAAAAGUCAGGGUCUACAUAUUUGACAUGGUUGAACAGUAGGACACAGAAGCAAGGGAGAGAGGACAGUGAGUCUGGGAACAUCUCCUUAGUCCCACAAAAACAAAACCCGAAGCUAUUCCAGAGGAUGGCAGCCAGCUCGGGAAUGCUCCCCUCCUGAAGUAGGGGUAAUGGCUCUGACCUUGAGGUAUCAAAGCCAGAGAAAGAGGGAUUCUAGGUUGCAGCACUUGGUAUGCUUUGGAAUAAAUAUAUUAAUUUUCAAUUUAAAUAGAAGCC